AUGUCACAAUUUGGUAAUUAUGUUGCCUUAGGUGGAGGCCACGAAUCAGCACCAUUCCCAGAAUCAUCAACUAAUUGGAAAGAACUUAUUUAUUUUAGAUCAUGGCAAGCACAAGGACUUGUUUCAAUUUUCUAUUAUUUCUCAUUAGUUGUUGGUCUUAUUAUGUUAAUCUCAACUAUUGUUACCACUGCAAUUGCUGGUGGUGUUGGAGGUUUCUUCCUUGGUUUACUUUAUGGUAUCAUUGAAUUCGUUCUUAUUAUUAUUGGUGCCAGAAUUUCAUCAGAAUUAAUUUUAUCAGUUUUCGAUAUGAGAGACAGCGUCCACAGAUUCUCAAAUAGCAAUGGUCCAACCAUUGUCACCGGUAACCCAUCAAACUCAACCUACCAACAACCAUCAUACCAACAAUCAAGUUACCAACAAUCAACUUUCCAAUCACCACAACAAACACAACAACCAGUAUCAAAUCAAAAUCAAACCAGUUAUCAAGAACCAUACCAAGGUAAUCUUUAA